UUCCUCCUUUAAAAAAUCUCUCCUCUCUCUUAAAAUCCAUCAUUGAAGCUCUCCUGACGAGAUCUCGUUCUCUCUCUCUCUCUCUCUCUAUCUAUUUAUCGACCCCACUCCCCCCAGUUCUAGGGUUUUCGCUGCGAUCCAUGUCCUGCGAUCUCAUCGCGAGUUUUGAUCGAGCAUCUCGAUUCUAUAAUUUUGGCCCAUUUGCGAUAUCCUUUCUAAUCCUUUGCAUUUCUAAUUUCGAAUAGUUUAUUGCUGCGCAUUGCGAUCAAAGUGGGGAUCGAUCGCUCGGAGAUCUCGAACGGUGGAGAAAUAUUUGAGAGUUGCGAGGUGUCCUUCGAAGAAUCGGAGGCGUAAAAAGGUCGUGAAGAUGGCGCAAUGGCCUCAGUUCGAUCGAAUUCAGGAAGCGGAUCAUCUAAGCGGUGUACAUAGAAGCGAGGAUGGAAAAUUAAGUUUUGGAUUUUCAAGCUUCAUGGGCAAGAGGUCAAGUAUGGAGGAUUUCCAUGAUAUUCAAUCAUUGACAAUUGACAAAGAAUCGGUCUACUUCUUUGGAGUAUUUGAUGGUCACGGUGGCCCACAUGCUGCUGAAUAUUUGAAGAAUCACUUAUUUCAGAACCUCAGGAACCACCCAAAAUUUAUGACAGAUACAAAAUUGGCUAUAAGUGAAACAUAUAUCCGAACUGAUACUGACUUCUUGCAAGCUGAAAAUAAUUCUCAAAGAGAUGAUGGUUCUACUGCCUCCACAGCAAUCAUGAUUGGCAACCGUUUGUAUGUGGCAAAUGUUGGUGAUUCACGUGCUAUAGUAUCAAAGGAUGGUGAAGCUAUUCAACUUUCUGAAGACCACAAACCAAAUAGGACUGAUGAGCGCAAGAGAAUUGAAAAUGCUGGAGGAGUUGUUAUGUGGGCUGGUACUUGGAGGGUAGGAGGCAUAUUGGCAAUGUCAAGGGCAUUUGGCGACCGGCUUCUGAAACAGUUUGUCGUUUCAGAUCCAGAUAUUCGGGAAGAAGCUGUUGACAAUGGACUUGACUUUCUGGUUCUAGCAAGUGAUGGACUGUGGGAUUACGUGUCAAAUGAGGCGGCAGUGGAAAUUGUGAAGCCGCUGGAUAGUCCAGAGGCUGCAGCUCGAAAGUUGACAGAGACCGCCUACUCCAGUGGCAGUGCAGAUAACAUCACCUGCAUUGUGGUAAGAUUUCAUCAUGACCACCCAACUGCUCCUACACAUCCAGAUGCUUCUACAUCCAACAGUUCAACGGUUCUACAUCCAAAAGGUUCUUCUUCAGUUGGCAGUACAGAACUCCAGAUUGCUCCUGGAGAUUCUAAUAUUGUAGCUUCUUCAUCUAUCAGUGCAAAUUCUCUUGCAGAUUAUACUUUGGCCGGAAGUUCAGAUGCUACUAGCUCGAUAGCUCUGGAUGAAACUUUAACUGUAGAUCCUUUUCUCAACAUCAUAGCUGCAGCUUCUGCUUCAACUGAUGCCAGUGAAGAUACUUCCGGGCAGGGACAAGCUAAGAUGAUAUAAACAAGGUUGGUGAUAAUCUAGGUGAAAAUCCUUCCACCCUUUGAGGUUAUUACUUACUGUGGGCAGGUAGUUCUUCAGUCACCGGCAUGAUUCGUUGAUAUCAAUGUAGAUCAUCCUCUCCUUUUCAGAGGUUGGAUUCUUGAUUGAUACCUGCAACAGUAGCAAAGGGAGACUAUAGACUCAUUUAUGGUACAUUUGUUGAUAUUGUUCCUAAUAUUUUCCCUUCCCCCUCCCUCUUUUUUGUUGUUUUAAGUUAAUUGCUGGUAAUCAUGGAUGAUAUUGGGAAGCGAGAGAGGAUGACCUUCCUACUUUAUUGUUUUGAAGAUCACAGCGACCACAAUGUAUCAAGACCAGCAUGGCUUUAAUUUUCUGUUCAUUCUGGAAUUUUGUGCGAAAUUGUCUUGAUAUAAAUCACUUGAUGAAGUAUAUAAGAAUCAUUUGCACCUUAACCCCUGA